AUGACUUUCUCCUUCUAUAACAACGAUAAAUUAUUGAAGCUUGAAGAAUGGAACAUUUCCACAACCAUUAUUAAAAAACAAUUCUGCGCGCAGAUCUGUGAUCAUUAUCAAAUCGAUCAAUCGUCCAACAAGUUUGAAGUAAUUAAAGUUGUACAAGAGAAAGAAGAUAAUGGAUCGGACAUAUUCGUCGUUCACACACUAGUACAUCCACCUCACGGUGAAACAGUGACUAAAGAGCUAAUGACUAAUGAUCAAAAAAGUUAUGAUCUCGUUCACAAACUUCAAUCAUUACUCAAGCACAAUAUUCGCUUGAUUACAUUAGGCCAUUUCGGGAUGCAGGUGAUGAAUCCAAAGUGGAAUCGAGUUUAUGGUCAUGUACUCAGCGAGCCAGGCAGUACAUUUUGGCCAGGCAUUAUAAAUCGAGGAGGCAAACCUUAUUUUUGCCCGAAAGGUUGGAAGCGUUAUUCUUUGAAAGUAGCCGAUAAUGAAGCAGAGUUCGAUCGUCGAUGGGGUACAUGGCAUAUUGCUUAUCAUGGGACAAAGGGCGAACUCGUCAGUGCCAUUCUUCAAUCGGGCUUGAAGGUGAGUACACACGGGUGCUACCUCAAACGUCCUUCCGUCUACGUAUCGCCAAGCAUCGAGUACUCUGCCCAUCCCCGGUACAGCAGAAUUUGGCAAAACUCUGGCAGCGGCAAAUACUAUCAGCUUGUCUUACAAUGCCGUGUUAAUCCACGCGUAGUCUCCGAUGAAAAUGUACAUCUGGAAACACUGUUAAAAAAUAAAGCUGUGGUGAUUGACCCCAACUUUACAAACAAAGAACUGGAAUGGGUCAUUCCAGGGGCGAACAGCAAGGAUGAAUAUAUAACAGAUGAUAUUGUAUGUUAUGGCCUCAUGGUCCGAUCAAGUGAUGUACAUCCAGAGAAGUUACCUCCGUCACACUGGUGGUCAGUGUCAAACUGCUGGAAAUGA